AUGGCCACCAUUGCUAAGCGACAAAAACUGUUCGAUGAUGCGCUGCGUCUGCAGAAGUACAAAGUCGGUGAUUUAGUCGGACUGAAAAUUGAUAAAGUCGAUAGGACCAAUGUCACACCGAAAGUUCUUCCCUGUAAAAUAAUCUCAGUUCAAGCGUCUUCGAAUGGUAUGGAAAUGUAUCAACUAUGUACUACAAAAGCAAUACUCGACAAACGAUUUCAAGGAUUAGAUUUAUUGGAUUUAACCAAAUGUGACUUCCGUGAUUUGCGCGAUAUCGACUCAACAGCAUUACCAAUGACUACCUUCAUUCGAGCUAGUAAAGAUUAUGCCAGCGCAGGAUUAAUGACACCUGUCGAAGCAUGUAAUUGCAACGGCAACUGUGCAACUAAGAAAUGUUCCUGUCGAGCAGCAAAAGCACAGUGCGGUACAAAAUGUCAUCCCAUUAAAAAAAAACAUGUUCAAAUGCUUAGUUCUCAUCUUACUUUUCACUUCCACUUUGUAGAUAAUUUCUACAUUUCAGGUUUAUCUAUAGACAAAAAUAAACUACAGACCGAAUAG